AAUCUAAGGAUACAUGAAUCUUUCAACUUUAACCAACACACUUAGUAGCUUUCACGUCAUUAAUUUUAAAAAAUAUUCCAAUGCCAUUCCAAUAACUAUAUAUAUAUAUAGGAAUCAUUUUUGAUCAAUGCAAUUAACAUCAUCAAGAAAACAUUCCAAAAAUUUUCACACAACAUGGCAAUGAGAAUCCAAUUCAUCCUAAUCGUCUCGUCCCUCCUCAUGGCACUGGGCUGGUUUCCACUUACCUUUGCGUAUGGUCGUGGCCCGGCCCAGCCUGUUGAGACGACCGUGGUGAUCGAAGGCAUGGUCUAUUGUCAAAGUUGUGAUGCCUAUGGAUCAUGGUCAUUAUCAGGGGCAAAGCCAGUUGGAUCAGCCAAAAUUAGUGUCAUAUGCAAAGAUCACAAGAAAAGAGUGAAUUUUUACAAAGCAUUUGAAACAAAUGCAUAUGGUUAUUUCUAUGCAGAGUUACAAGGUUACAAAAUGGGACAUUCAUAUCUUGACCAUCCACUUCAAUCUUGUCAUGUAAAAUUGGUCAAUUCUCCUCAAGAAAAUUGCAAUGUUUUUAGUAAUAUCAAUUAUGGGAUUAAUGGUGCACCAUUAAGAUUUGAAGAUAAAGUAAUUGAUCGAAGUGAUUAUAAAGCUGUAAUUUAUACUGCUGGUCCUUUGGCUUUUCGACCAACUUAUUGUCCUCCUAAAUAAGCCGUGUCCGUGUGUAACCUAUAGAGGGUUCGAGUUGUGAAAGCAGUUACGGAUAUUUAUAUUAAGUAGAUUGUCUAAAUCACAUUUCUUGAAACCCGGUCCUUUCCAAGCAGAAUGUUUGAUGCAUCGAGCUGUCCAAAUUAAGCUUGUUAUGGUUAUGAUAUUUUUUUUAUGGUCCAAUAAUGUCGUUGCAAGAGCUUUUUUGUCAUGUAUACCUAACAACCUCAAUUGUAUGAUAU